AUGUGUGAAAAAGGAACUCCUGUCAUAGCUGGAGUGAAUAUGAACCAGCAUGGCUACUAUGGAAAUCAACUGAGGGUCCGAAAGAAAGCCUCUCCUGUUAGUGUCCACCUAGCUAAGCGCGGUGCACCAGCAUCACCUUGCCGGAUGGUGGCUGGGCCCAAUCCGCGCUUGCUCGCCCCUCCCGGCGGUCACGUGCGCGAGGAUGCGAAGCCCGCUCGCCAUCCUCCCGCCUUCCCACUCCUCCUCCUCCCGCCGAGGCUGUGCACCACAGACGGCGCGAGGGGGAGCGAGCGAGCGGGCCACCUAGAUCUGUAUGGCCCUGGAAGAAUCUUGGGUCUCAAAUAUCAACAUGACUUUAGGUUUCAGCUCACACUAGGGGCUGCACAGCCCUUGGUGGCAACAGUAGCCACAGAGAUUAACAUAGAGUCCGACAGCAUCAGGGCCAUGUUUCAUAGUCCCAGACAUGGCUCUUGGCAGCAGUCUGGGCCCAGAAGUCACUAUGGUUCUGGGUGGCAGCAUAGGCCUCUUAGAUUGGCAUUGCCCUCUGGGGGCACAUCACUCGGACACAUGGUCAUAGGUGGUAACCCAGACUCCAGGAGUGCACAGGACCCUCAUGGUAACAGGAACCAUGGACACAGUCAUGUUAAGACCGAGGGCCAAGACAUGGCCCUUGGUAGCAAUCCUGGCCCUGACAUCACCAUGCCCCUGGGAGGCAUGCAGGCCACCCAUGUCAACCUGCUCCUCACUGCCAUGGCCUCCCCAGAUCUUCUGCCUCUCUUCAUAGCACACGAACUUGAGGAGACCUCUGAAAUUUAUGGGGCUUUUUGUAGUAGAUCAGUACUUAUCCCUAUGUCUGUAUUUAUGCUAAAAGUCCAGGUGAAUGACAUCAUCAGUCGCCAAUACCUGAAUCAAGCAGUUGUGGAGGUAUUUGUUAACUACACAAAGACAAAUUCUAUGGUAACUAGAAACAAUGGAGCAGUAUUGAUAAAAGUACCCUACCAAUUAGGACUCAGCUUAACCAUCAUUGCUUACAAAGAUGGCUAUGUCUUGACACCUCUGCCUUGGAAAACUGGAAGGAUGCCAAUAUAUUCUUCAGUUACACUUUCACUCUUCCCGCAAAGCCAAGCAAAUAUAUGGCUCUUUGAAGACACUGUUUUGAUUACCGGAAAAUUAGCUGAUGCCAAAUCUCAACCAAGUGUUCAGUUCUCAAAAGCCUUCAUUAAACUUCCUGACAACCAUCAUAUUAGCAACGUGACUGGCUACCUAACAGUUCUACAGCAGUUUUUAAAGGUGGACAAUUUUCUGUAUACGACUGGAAUCACUCUUAACAAACCAGGUUUGGAAAAUAUUGAGUUGUCUCCUCUUGCUGCAAUAUGUGUGAAAAUAUAUUCUGGAGGAAAAGAAUUGAAGGUGGAUGGCUCUAUUCAUGUAAAUCUUCCUCUUUUACAUACAAAUAACAUAAACAUGGGAGAUCGAAUACCUGCUUGGACAUUUGAUAUGAACACAGGUGCUUGGGUACAUCAUGGCUGGGGAAUAGUUAAGGAGCACAACAGUCAUUUGAUUUGGACCUAUGAUGCACCACAUUUGGGCUACUGGAUUGCAGCUCCAUUCCCAGGAGCUAGAGGUUCAGGUAUAAAUGAAGAUUCCAAAGACAUAACUGCCUACCACACAGUGUUCCUUACAGCCAUAUUAGGGGGAACAAUAGUUAUCAUCAUUGGAUUUUUUGCUGUACUGCUUUGUUAUUGCAGGGGUAAGUGUGGAACACCACAGAAAAGAGAAAGAAAUAUCACUAAACUUGAGAUCCUCAAGAGAGACCAGACAACAUCAACAACACACAUAAAUCAUAUCAGUUCAGUCAAAGUUGCAUUAAAAGCUGAGGACAAGGCACAGUUAUUUAAUGCCCAAACCUCAUCCUACAGCCCCCAGAAAAAGGAAACCACAAAGAUGGAAACAGAAGAAAGAAUUUCCAUGGUGAAAACUCGGGACAAUUUUAAAAUCUACAAUGAAGAUGUUUCCUUUCUGUCAGUCAAUCACAAUAACUACUCAAGAAAUCCAACACAGUCGUUGGAGCCAAGUCUAGGAAGCAAACAACCUAAGCAUAUUAACAACAACCUCUCUCCGUCGCUAGGUGGCGCUCAAGAGGAAAAGAGGUAUCUCACAGGAAGUGAGGAGGUCUAUGGGCGGUCUCACAUUCCGGAGCAGCUUAUGCACAUCUACAGCCAGCCCAUUGCCAUCCUUCAGACGUCAGACCUGUUCUCCACACCAGAGCAGUUACAUGCUGCUAAGUCUGCCACUUUGCCACGAAAGGGACAGUUGGUCUAUGGCCAAUUGAUGGAACCAGUAAACAGAGAGAACUUUACACAAACAUUGCCCAAAAUGCCAAUGCAUUCUCACGUCCAGGCCCCAGAUGCCAGAGAAGAGGACAUUGUACUUGAAGGUCAGCAGAGCUUGCCAUCCCAGACUUCAGAUUGGAGCCGCUAUUCCAACAGCUUGUUGGAGUCCGUGUCUGUUCCCGGAACCCUAAACGAAGCUGUUGUGAUGACUCCUUUUUCAUCAGAACUCCAAGGCAUUUCUGAGCAGACCCUCCUAGAGUUGUCCAAAGGCAAACCCUCUCCCCAUCCCAGGGCGUGGUUUGUGUCUCUUGAUGGAAAGCCUGUGGCACAAGUGAGACACUCCUUUAUAGACCUUAAAAAAGGCAAGAGAACCCAGAGCAAUGAUACAAGUCUAGACUCUGGGGUGGAUAUGAAUGAGCACCAUUCAAGUAGAAAGCUGGAGAGGGAGAAAACAUUCAUCAAAAGCAUGCAUCAGCCCAAGAUCCUUUACCUGGAAGAUUUAGACCUGAGCAGCAGUGAGAGCGGCACCACGGUCUGCUCCCCCGAGGAUCCUGCAUUGAGGCACAUCUUAGAUGGAGGCAGCGGAGUUAUUAUAGAACACCCCGGGGAAGAGUCUCCAGGAAGGAAAAGCACUGUGGAAGAUUUUGAAGCCAACACAUCUCCCACUAAAAAAAGAGGCCGACCACCACCACUAGCCAAAAGAGAUAGCAAGACUAACAUCUGGAAGAAACGGGAGGAACGUCCACUGAUUCCCAUAAACUAA